AUGUUUCCGCCCCAGACGAUCCUCUGGUCCUUCCUUCCUCCCACUCUCCAUCCACCAAACCUGUCGGCGCCGGAUGCCCCCCAAGACGAAGGAUCUCGCGAGCAUCCCCGACGAUGCAGUGCUCGGGCUCCAGGACUGGCUCAAGCUGUUGUCGUCACACGGCGUGGCAAUGCGCACGGGGAUGGCUCUGGCAGCGAAGGCACGAAGAAGCGGGCUCGGGAUGACGACCUCCUGCGCCCUCUACCCCAGGGCGACGAGAUCCGCGCACCCGAGAGUCUGUCCUUUGAAGAAAUCACUGAUCCAGAGGUAUGCUGCCGCCUGCGUAUCGCAAAAGCUGACGCUUUAGGCUUUGCUUCCAAUCACGGUGACGGUAAAUCGAGCGCCUGUGAAGUGCGCGUGGACGUGCAUGUGCACAUCUCGAGUCUGAAACACGCCCUCUUCCUUGGCAACGUUUUGAACGCACAGCAGGUCAAGGAGGCGGAGGACGAGAUCCGCGAACUACCAGGAGAACAUGACUUCAAGGCCAAGGUCACGACGAAGGACUGGAAGAGGGGCAAGCCUCAGCCAGCUGUUGGCAGUUCGCAGCCAUGGGUUGGCAUUAUGAACUCAAACCCCGUGAUUGAGCGCCCGGACGGAACGUGGCGAGCGAUCCAGCAAGGAGCAGCCGUCGAGCCCUCUGUCGUGAGUUACGUUCUCGAAAUCGCUAACUCUCAGGCAUACCUCUACAUCACGCGGGCGCUGAAGACGUUCGCGCCACAUGUGCUGGGUGCGAUGCAGCUAGUCGCCGAGUCGUACGAACCGCAGGAGCUCGACCGCGUUGGUCUGCACCUCUACUUCAAACCAGAUGUCACAGGUUGGGGUCAGCGUGGCACGCUGUCUGUCGCCAAGAUCCUGGAGACAAUGAAGGAUAAGGCCGCGGAUGCUGAGACCGGGGCUGAGCCGGAUGCCGACGAGAAGGUGAAGAAGGCGGACGCCUCUGCACCGGGUACAAAGCCUGAGGGUGAUGAACAGACCGAAGGUGCUGUGCGACGGAGCAAACGACUCAAGACCGGCCAAGAAGAGGAUCCGAAACCCGCAAAGGGAGUCGAGAUCGCGAAGGACACGGGACCGGCGGACAAGGAAGGAAAGAGCAAAGCACCCUCGUCGGAUCAGCCGGGAACGGAAAAGCCAGGCAUGACCGUCGAGGAGUACGAGGCGAUGCUCGACGCCGAAGCAGCCGACUGGGACUUCCCGGAUGGCAUGUAG